GCUUCACAUCAUCGACGCCUAGGGACCGGCAAGAUGAUGCGACAAAGUCUUAGACCCUUGCGGGUCCUCUCGGCCGAAGUGCCAUGGAUCGCCCGCCGAACGAAGGCCUCUCUAGCACAACCUGGAGAUCUUGUUCCCAACAAGGUUGAGAACCAGACCCCCGUGGAACCACGAUACCCACGAGCCCUCGAGGCACUGCACCUCAAGCCUCUGAAGCGAGAGGCCGAGCACGGAAUCCCCUCGUGCGACCUCCAGCUCCGCUCCUACAGCGUCCAGCCCCUCGAGUUCUUCUCCGACUUUGCCCUCCGAGCGGCCUACUACCUCGGCCUCCCCGCCUACGGACCCGUCCCUCUUCCCCGCAUCACGGAGCGCUGGACAGUCCCGCGAAGCAACUUCAUCUUCAAGAAGUCGCAGGAGAACUUUGAGCGAAAGACCCUCCGAAGACUAAUCCAGAUCCGCGACGGAAACCCGGAGACGGUGCAGAUCUGGCUCGCCUACCUGCGCAAGCACCAGUACUACGGCGUGGGCAUGAAGGCUAAUGUGUGGGAGUUUAGCGAGCUCGGCGUCGGCAAGAAGAUGGAUGCUCUGCCUGAGGCGGACCAGGGACAGAUUGAGGCCAAGUGGGCGCACCUCGGACAGACAAAGACGAUUGGUACGGUGGAGAAGGUUGAGGAGCUGCUCAGCCGGAGGCGAUUCCGGGAGGCGGCUGGCUUGAGGGUGCCGCCUACAAUGGAGUCAUAA